AGGAGGGGGCUGGGAGACCCCUGCGGCCGGGGGGAGGAGAUGGCAAGGGAGUGAUCCUUAGCCCAUAAGGAGGUGGCCUCUUGGGCUGAGCCUUUCGGGAUCCCCAUCACAACGCCCACCAUCAGGGAGCAGAGCUUCCUUUCCCCCCAAUCCUCUUAAAAAGCAUUCCUAGUUAGUGAGAUGUGCACAUGAUGGCAGCUGGAUUGGAACCUUGGAAGGGGUUCCAAAAUCUCUUUGAAGGGAAUUUUUUUUUUUUUUUAAAAACCCACUCAAGCUGUUCCUGCCAGACUUUGCAGUGGAAAGAGUUGGGGGUUGACUAGUGUCGUGUGCCCCCAUUUCGAAAAAGAGAGGUGGAGACACACUGGAACCGGCAGAAGGAUCAAAGAUGGAUCAACGAGAACCAGCUGCCUCUGAAGCAGAAAGAGGCCCUGAAGCCAUCAAGACUGGGGCCCAUGGGGAGGAAUUCCAGGAGGGAAACCUGCUGAAGGUCUUAGGGGAGAACAACCUCAGCACAGAUGUCCAGUGCCAGCAGUUCAGGCAUUUGCUCUGUGAGGAAGCCGUGGGGCCCCGAGAGGCUUGCAGCCGACACCACCAUCUCUGCUGUGAGUGGCUCAAGCCAGAGCGACACACAAAGAACCAGAUCCUAGAUCAGGUGAUCCUGGAGCAGUUCCUGAGGAUCCUUCCACCGGAGAUGGAGAGCUGGGUGAGGGAAUGUGGAGCGGAGACCAGUUCCCAAGCAGUUGCCCUGGCUGAAGGUUUCCUCCUGAGCCAGGCAGAGGAGAAGAAGCAGGAAGAGCAGCAGGAAAAGGGUCUCUUAGCAAAAAUAGGAAUUGAUUUCCUUGAGGCAGAGAGGACUCCAUCAGACACAAGACAGAGGCCGCUGGGUGCUGGAAUGAUGUUGGCAAGACCUACUAAACCUUCUCUUUCUGGUGGAGGGGAAGCUGCUGCUGUUCCAUGUGAUCAGGGUCCAGUGGUCUUUGAGGAUGUGGCUGUGUAUUUCACGGAAGAGGAGUGGGCCCUGCUGGAUCCUGACCAGAGAGCUCUGCAUAAGGAAGUCAUGGAGGAGAAUUGUGGGACUCUGGCCUGUCUUGAUGGUGACAAAUGGGAAGUCAAGAAUGAGGGAGAACCAGGCGGGAAAGAGAUACCUGAAAGAGACAAAUCUAAAAAGAGGGAAGAGCAGAGAAGGAAAACCAACGCAGAAGAGAAGAGUAAUAAAUCCUCUGUUUCUCAGGGCAGUGACUGCCAUGAAAUUUCAGUCCGAGAAAGAACAAAUGAAAGAAACGAAAGCAGCAAUUCUUUUGGUUAUUGGAAAAGUGUUAAUUCUGAAAUAAAUUGCAAAGCCAAUAGCAAAAACCCCAGAAGGAAGAAACCGUAUCAAUGCUUGGAUUGUGGAAAGAGCUUUCCUUCCAGUUAUAAACUUACUAUCCAUGCAAGAAUUCAUACUGGGGGGAAACGGUCUAAAUAUUUAGAAUGUGGAAGAAGUUUCAGAGUCAGUUCUGAGUUUUCUUCCCACAAAAGAAUUCACAUUGGGGAGAAACCAUAUAAAUGCUUGGAGUGUGGAAAGAGUUUCAUUCACAAGACAUCUCUCACUAAUCAUCAAAGAAUUCAUACUGGGGAGACCCCAUAUAAAUGCAUGGAAUGUGGAAAAGGCUUUCCUUCCAAUUCUAAGCUUACUUUCCAUAAAAAAAAUCACACGGGGGAAAAACCAUAUAAAUGCUUGGAAUGUGGGAAGAGCUUCGGUCACAAGACAUCUCUUGCUAAUCAUCAAAUGACCCAUACUGAGGGGAAACCAUAUACAUGCUUGGAGUGUGGAAAAAGCUAUACUCAGAAGAUACGUCUUAGUAAUCAUCAAAGACUUCAUACGGGGGAGAAACCAUAUACAUGCUUGGAAUGCGGAAAGAGCUUCAAUAAAAAGACAUCUCUCACUAAACAUCAAAUAACUCAUACUGGAGAGAAACCAUAUAAAUGCUUGGAGUGUGAAAAGACCUUCAGUCAGAAGAUACGUCUUAGUAAUCAUCAAAGACUUCAUACAGGGGAAAAACCAUAUACAUGCUUGAAAUGUGGAAAGAGCUUCAGUCAAAAGACAUCUCUCCCUAAUCAUCAAAGAAUUCAUACAGGGGAGAAACCAUAUAAAUGCUUGGAGUGUGAAAAGAGUUUCAGUCACAAGACAUUUCUCACUUUGCAUCAAAGACUUCAUACAGGGGAGAAACCAUAUAAAUGUUUGGAGUGUGGAAAGAACUUCAUUCGGAAGAUAUGUCUGUCUAAUCAUCAAAGAUUUCAUACAGGGGAGAAACCAUAUACAUGCUUGGAAUGUGGAAAGAGCUUCAGUCGAAAGACAUCUCUCGCUAAUCAUCAAAUAACUCAUACUGGGGAGAAACCCUAUAAAUGCUUGGAGUGUGGAAAGAGCUUCAGUCACAAGACAUCUCUCACUAAUCAUCAAAGAAUUCAUACUGGGGAGAAACCAUAUAAAUGCUUGGGGUGUGAAAAGAGCUUCAGGCAUAAGUCAUCUUUCACUUUGCAUCAAAGACUGCAUAGAGGGGAAAAACCCUAUAAAUGCCUGGAAUGUGGAAAGAGCUUCAGUCAGAAGAUACAUCUCACUAAUCAUCAAAGAAUUCAUACUGGGGAGAAACCAUAUAAAUGUUUGGAAUGUGGAAAAAGCUUCAUCCAGAAGACACAUCUCAUGCUGCAUCAAAGAAUUCAUACAGGGGAGAAGCCAUAUAAAUGCUUAGAAUGUGGAAUGGGCUUUAGAGUGAGUUCUCACCUUUCUUCCCACAAAAGGAGAAACCAUACGAAUGUUUGGAAUGUGGAAAGAGCUGAGAGACGGAGAGCAAACAGAGGAGGCAGAAUUGUGAGGGACAGAUCAGCAGGACAGAUGCUACAUCUUCUUAACCACAGAUCAAAGAUGGAUCAGCAAGACCCAGCUGUCCCUGAAGCAGAAAGAGGCCCUGAGGACUUCCAGUGGGGAAACGUGCCAAAGUUCUUGGGGGAGAACAACCACAUCUCAGAUGUUCAGUGCCACCAGUUCAGGCAUUUCCACUACGAGGAAGCCAUGGGGCCCCGAGAGACUUGCAGUCAACUCCACCUUCUUUGCCAUCAGUGGCUCAAGCCAGAGCGACACACAAAGAACCAGAUGCUGGACCUGGUGAUCCUGGAGCAGUUCCUGAGGAUCCUUUCACCAAAGAUGGCGAGCUGGGUGAGGGAAUGUGGAGCGGAGACCAGUUCCCAGGCGGUGGCCCUGGCCGAAGGUUUCCUCCUGAGCCAGGCAGAGGAGAAGAAGCAGGAAGAACGGCAGGAAAAGGGUCUGUUUGCAGAAAUUGGAACUGAUUUCCCUGAGGCAGAGAGGACCCCAUCGGACAUCAGACAGAGACCGCUGGGUGAUGGAAUGAUGUCAGCAAGACCUACCAAACCUCUUUGUGGUGGAGGGGAAGCUGCUGCAGUCGCGCCAGAUUGGGGUCCAGUGGUCUUUGAGGACGUGGCUGUGUAUUUCACAGAAGAGGAGUGGGCCCUGCUGGAUCCUGACCAGAGAGUUCUGCACAAAGAAGUCAUGGAGGAGAAUUGUGGGACUCUGGCCUGUCUUGAUGGUGACGAAUGGGAAGUCAAACAUAAGAGAGAACUAGGCGGGAAAGAGAUAUCUGAAAAAGAUCAAUCUAAGAAGACGGAAGAGCAGGGAAGGAAAACUGAAGCCGAAGAGAAGAGGAGGAGUGAAUCCUCUGCUUCCCAGGGCAGUGACUGCCAUGAGAUUUCAGUCCGAGAAAAAACAGAUGAAAGAAACAAAAGUAGUAAUUCUUUUGGUUGUUGGAAAAGCCUCAAUCUUAAAAUAAAUUGCAAAGCCCACAGCAAAAACCACAAAGGGGAGAAACUGUACGAAUGCUUGGAAUGUGGAAAGAACUUUGCUUCCAGUUAUAAACUUACUAUCCACUCAAGAAUUCAUACUGGGAAAAAACCAUGUAAAUGUUUGGAGUGUGGAAAGAGCUUCAGUCAGAAGAUGAGUCUCGCUAAUCAUCAAAGAAUUCAUACAGGGGAGAAACCAUUUAAAUAUUUGGAGUGCGGAAAAAGCUUCAGGCAUAAGAUGACUCUCACUUAUCAUCAAAGCAUUCAUACAGGACAGAAACCAUGUAAAUGUUUGGAGUGUGGAAAGAGUUUCAGUCACAAGACAUAUCUCACAUUGCAUCGAAGACUUCAUACAGGGGAGAAACCAUAUAAAUGCUUGGAGUGUGGAAAGAGCUUCAGGCAGAAGAUAUGUCUCACUAAUCAUCAAAGACUUCAUACAGGGGAGAAGCCAUAUAAAUGUUUGGAGUGUGGAAAGAGCUUCAUCCAGAAGACAUCUCUCACUUUGCAUCAAAGACUUCAUACAGGGAAGAAACCAUAUGAAUGCCUGGAGUGUGGAAAGAGCUUUAGUCGGAAGAUACGUCUCACUAAUCAUGAAAGACUUCAUACAGGGGAGAAGCCAUAUAAAUGCUUAGAAUGUGGAAUGGGCUUCCGAGCCAGUUCUCACCUUUCUUCCCACAAAAGAAUUCACACUGGGGAGAAACCAUACAAAUGUUUGGAGUGUGAAAAGAGCUACAGUCACAAGUCAUCUCUCACAUUUCAUCAAAGACUUCAUAGAGGAGAGAAGCCAUAUAAAUGCUUGGAAUGUGGAAAGAGCUUCAUUCGCAAGGCAUCUGUCACUAAUCAUCAAAUAACUCAUACUGGGGAGACUCCAUAUAAAUGCAUGGAAUGCGGAAAGGGCUUUCCUUCCAAUUCUAAACUUAUUGUCCAUAAAGAAAAUCACACCGGGGAGAAACCAUAUAAGUGCUUGGAGUGUGAAAAGAGCUUCAUUCACAAGACAUCUCUCACUUUGCAUCAAAAACUUCAUACAGGGGAGAAACCAUUUAAAUGCUUGGAAUGUGGAAAGAGCUUCAGUCGGAAGAUAAAUCUCACUAAUCAUCAAAGACUUCAUACAGGGGAGAAACCAUAUAAAUGCCUGGAGUGUGGAAAGAGCUUCACUCAGAAAAAAUGUCUCACUAAUCAUCAAAGACUUCAUACAGGGGAGAAACCAUAUACAUGCUUGGAAUGCGGAAAGACCUUCAGUCAAAAGACAUCUCUUGCUAAUCAUCAAACAACUCAUACUGGAGACAAACCAUAUAUAUGCUUGGAGUGUGGAAAGAGCUUCAGCUACAAGACAUCUCUCACUAAACAUCAAAUAAUUCAUUCAGGGGAGAGAGCAUAUAAGUGUUUGGAGUGUGAAAAGAGCUUCAUUCACAAGACAUCUCUCACUUUGCAUCAAAGAGUUCAUACUGGGGAGAAACCUUAUAAAUGCUUGGAGUGUGGAAAGAGCCUCAGUCAGAAGAUACGUCUCACUAAUCAUCAAAGGCUUCAUACAGGGGAUAAACCAUACAAAUGCUUAGAAUGUGGAAAGAGCUUCAUCCAGAAGACAUCUCUCGCUUUGCAUGAAAGACUUCAUACAGGGGAGAAGCCAUAUAAAUGCUUAGAAUGUGGAAUGGGCUUCAGAGCCAGUUCUAACCUUUCAUCCCACAAAAGAAUUCACACCGUGGAGAAACCAUAUAAAUGUUUGGAAUGUGAAAAGAGCUUCUGUUGGAGCUCAGAACUCACUUCCCAUCAAGGAAUUCAUGCACAUGAGAAACCAUACAAAUGCUUAGAAUGUGGAAAGGGCUUGAGCUACAAGAAAACUUUCAUUUCCCAUCAGAGAAUUCACACAAGAGAGAAAUUGUUAAAUAAUACUUGAAUUGUUGAGAGAGCUUCAGAAGAAACAGAAAUGUGAUUCACAAAGUGGGAAAACCGUAUUAAUGUGUCACGUUAGGAAAACUUGUCUUCCAGGUGAAAGAUGGGAGGGGAUGUUCUAGUUGAGAGACAGGGUGACUUGAUCAAUGGUUGUUCUGUUUCUUCACAUGAUAUUGAUAUGACUACCAAUUACUGGAAACCUCAGAAGGGGAGAGUGCUCUUGCACUCAGGGCCUCCUUGCGUGCUUCCCAGGGGCUUCUGGUUCGCCUGAUUCAGCAGGCCCUUCCUAGGCUUUUAUUUGUGCUCCUAAUGUAUAUCCAAUGUGACUCAUUUAUAUUUUUCAAUAAUUUUUAUUCAAAUUUUCAUAAAACAUACAAGACAAAAUCAUAAAACAUUCAAAGACAAAAAACAAAAUCAAA